AUGGAUAACGUCCUCCCUGUGGACUCAGACCUCUUCCCAAAUAUCUCCACCAACACCUCGGAGCCCAACCAGUUUGUGCAGCCGGCCUGGCAAAUUGUCCUUUGGGCAGCUGCCUACACAGUCAUUGUGGUGACCUCCGUGGUGGGCAACGUGGUGGUGAUGUGGAUCAUCUUGGCUCACAAGAGAAUGAGGACAGUUACUAACUAUUUCCUGGUGAACCUGGCCUUCGCAGAGGCCUCCAUGGCUGCAUUCAAUACGGUGGUGAACUUCACUUAUGCUGUCCACAACGAGUGGUACUACGGCCUGUUCUACUGCAAAUUCCACAACUUCUUCCCCAUUGCUGCUGUCUUUGCCAGUAUCUACUCCAUGACAGCUGUGGCCUUCGAUAGGUACAUGGCCAUCAUCCACCCCCUCCAGCCCCGGCUGUCGGCCACAGCCACCAAGGUGGUCAUCUGUGUCAUCUGGGUCCUGGCUCUCCUCCUGGCCUUCCCCCAGGGCUACUACUCAACCACAGAGACCAUGCCCAACCGAGUGGUGUGCAUGAUCGAAUGGCCAGAGAAUCCCAACAAGAUUUAUGAGAAAGUGUACCACAUCUGUGUGACUGUGUUGAUCUACUUCCUCCCCCUGCUGGUGAUAGGUUAUGCGUACACUGCAGUGGGCAUCACACUGUGGGCCAGCGAGAUCCCUGGGGACUCCUCUGACCGUUACCACGAGCAAGUCUCUGCCAAGCGCAAGGUGGUUAAGAUGAUGAUUGUUGUUGUAUGCACCUUUGCCAUCUGCUGGCUGCCUUUCCACAUCUUCUUCCUCCUGCCUUACAUCAACCCUGAUCUCUACCUGGAGAAGUUUAUUCAGCAGGUUUACCUGGCCAUCAUGUGGCUGGCCAUGAGCUCUACAAUGUACAACCCCAUCAUCUACUGCUGCCUCAAUGACAGGUUUCGUCUGGGCUUCAAGCAUGCCUUUCGGUGCUGCCCUUUCAUCAGUGCUGGUGACUAUGAGGGGCUCGAAAUGAAAUCCACUAGGUACCUCCAGACGCAGGGCAGUGUGUAUAAAGUCAGCCGCCUGGAGACCACUGUCUCCACAGUGGUGGGGGCCCAUGAGGAAGACCUGGAGGAAGGCCCUAAGGCCAUGCCUUCAUCCCUGGACAAGACCUCCAAUGACUCCUCUCGCAACGACUCUAAGACCAUGAUGGAGAACUUCAGCUUCUACUCCAACAUGCUCUCCUAG